CGCGUGCCGCCUUCGCAUUACCACAUCAUGACACCCGCUCAACUUUCCGUACUUUUCCACGCGAGCUCUCGCGUUUUUCCCGCCUUGUUUGUUUUCGCGCGCUAGUGCGGUACGGUGAUUUUUGUGAAUGAAUCUGUGGUUCGGCCGCUUGUGUUAUUUAAUUGCUGUUGGUUUAGACGUUUACAUUUGCGAAGCCUAGAAGCAAUGGUGACAAAUAAAAAAAUCAAGAAUGAAUUUCUAGCUACCGCCUACAUAGUUUAAAGAAUGACAGUUGAUGAAACAGUGCCAUAGACCGCGAAUGUCGGAUGCGAAGGCGGGACGCGUGAUGAUAGGAAAGUGACAGUGCGUAUGAGUGUGUGACGUGGACUUACUAUGGUGUCAGGGCAGCGUGAAGGGAUGCAGUGGCUGUGACGUCACGGGCGCAAGAGCGGCGGAUGCGGCGAGGCAGCAUCUACAGUGUAAGCGAAGGCGUGGAGCGGUGCGCCUGUCUUAGGUAGCGAGGGCGCGGGUGCGGGUGCGGGUGCAGCCAUGGCCGGCUGAUGGACCCUGGCUACUGGUCCCCGUCGCCGUCGGCCUCACCGCCGCCGCCGCCCCGCGCCCCGCCGCCGCGCUGCCGCUGUCGCCCUCUCCUCUCCACGAGCUACAACUGCCUGCCCCACUAUGACGGUUGGGGCGAUGGCGAGGAAGAGUCGACGGGCGGCGCGCUGCGCGAGCGAGAACUUCGCUCACUGCACCGCACCGUGCCCGCCCUCCGACGCCGGGAGCUGGACACUCGCGCCAUCAAACAUCACUUCUAUCCUGAAGGAGGGUGGGGAUGGAUCGUGUGCGGAGCAGCGUUCCUGGCCCACCUGCUGUCCACAGGGCUCCAGCUAGCCUACGGGGCGCUCCACGUCUACGCCCUGAGGCACCUGGGCCCAACCGCCGAUCAUGCUGUAUGGGCCGGCGCAAUCUGCGUGGGAGUGUCCCGUGCUGCUGGCGCCCUGGUCUCCAGUAGGAAGAAGUCUCCGAGGCUGGCGGCCUUGGUGGGCGGUCUGCUGCUGCCUCUCGCCUGCCUCUUCACAUCUUUCGCCACGCAACUACAUCAGACUAUGUUGAGUUAUGGCGUGGUCCUGGGUAUUGGCUGUGGGUUAGUCAGAGAGGCAGCUGGUCUGGUGCUGGGCGCGUACUUCAGGAGACGGAGGCAAUUUGUGGAGCUGGUCGCGCAUGCUGGAGGCGGGGUGGGAAUAGCGCUGUUUAGUGUUGCUUAUAAAGAAGCUGUAGGUAAACUCGGUUGGCGGCUGGGCUUGCAAGCAGUGACGGGUAUAUUGGUGCUAGCGUUUUUCCUAAGCGCGGUGUACCGCAGCGCCUCGCUCUACCACCCCCAGAGACGCGCCAUUCUACACCUCAAAAACCAACGACGCAAGGUGAAAGAGAAGAAAGGCCUAAAAAGACCCCCGCUUAUCGAUUUAAGUCCUCUUCGCUCGCGGCCUGCCAAAGUUUUGUUGUUAGCUGCUGGAUUAGCAGCUUUCGGGCUUUACACCCCAGUGUUUUUCUUGGCUUUACAAGGUUCUCAAGAGGGUUUAGAGGAGAGUGCCCUGGUGCUGCUCCAGACGUUCCUGGGGUUCGCCGCGGUCCUGGGUUGCGCCGGCUUUGGGCUCGUGCUGGUGCGGCCCUCGGCCCAGUGCCUCGUCUCUAAACAGUAUUUGUGCCAAACCGCUAUGUUGGGAAUAGGAAUUUCUAUGUUAGCGUUAAGUAGCGUCGAAGGCUACCACGGAUAUGUCCUGUUCGCUUGGAUGUAUGGAUUAUGUUUAGGAGGAUUUCUUUAUUCUAUCAAAAUGCUUACAAUGGAACGCGUUCGUGGAAGACAUUUCAGUAAAGUAUGGGGUUACGUCCAGGGAGCUGAAGCUAUCCCUGUAAUGGUGGGUGUGCCUAUGACUGGGUACAUCAACCAGCAGGCACCGAGAGCGGGAUUCUAUUUCUCUACCGCAGCAACUCUGGCCGGAGCCUUAUUGUUGUUCUUCGUGGGGUUCUCCAAGCGGGAGCCCGAGCCGCCGCCGCCCGCGCCCGCGCCCACCAUAUCCGAAGCAUGUCCGUGCGUGACUCCGCCGCGGUGUGAACCAGCGUGGUGCGCCUGUAGCGCUGGCGGCGCCACGGCCUACUGCGCCUGGCCGGGUCCCACUUGUGGCUCUCGUCUGCCCAAAUCUUUAUCUUACGCGGCCCCGCUCAACCAUACUUGUUGCCCCGCGACUACCAAUCAUUGCCCGGAGUGCUACCGGCGUGCCGCGCCCCUGCGACCGUCACGCAGCGUGCCGGAAGGCCUGGCUCGCCGCGGCAGCACAUGGAGCCGAGGUGGCUCCUGCAGAGCGCCCUGUCGCAGAAGAGAGCACCACCUCAUCGAACAAAUCACCACAUCUGUAUGAUACAUACAGAUCAAAAAACUUGUGCAUUUGCUAAUAAAAACACUCAAAAGUGAUAAUAUGUUAUGUGUAA